CUUCCACCAGAGGCCGCUCUCGCGCUCAUACACGUCAUGUUUCCGCUGAGGUGACGUGUCUGUCUUUUUCCUCAGGUUUGAGUGAGUUCAGGUUAAGUCGACUGCCCAGGGAUCAACAUGAUGCGAGUUAUAACAGCUAUUUUGGCUCUUUGUCUGAGCCUUUGUGCAGCUGAGACUUGCACAGAGCCAGUCAUUUCUCCGUCUUCAUACACGACGACAGACGCGCUCAUCUCCUCCGAGACCGUCUUCAUCGUCGAGCUGAGUCUGGUCUGCUCAAACGGAGCUCAGAGUGUUGCUCUGUAUGCUGACGUCCAUGGCAAGCAGUUUCCUGUGACCAGAGGCCAAGAUGUUGGCAAAUACCAGGUCUCCUGGAGUGUUCCUCAUAAGCAGGCCAGCUCAGGCACAUAUCAAGUCAAAUUCUUUGACGAGGAGUCUUACAGUACUCUAAGAAAGGCUCAGAGAAACAAUGAAGAUGUUGAUGCCAUCAAGCCUUUGUUCUCGGUCAAUGUGGAUCACAGGGGUGCAUGGAGUGGUCCCUGGGUGUCCACAGAGGUCUUGGCUGCUGUGAUUGGCAUUUUGGUCUACUACCUGGCUUACAGCACUAAAAGUGCAAUCCAGGCUUGAGAUCUUUUUCCACCACACUGUUCAUACUGCUCUUUUGUCAUUCUGUAUUCUGACAUUUCAUAUGCAGAUUGCAGCUCAUGCAAACAUGAGACUGGUUUGUUGUAGAGCUUGAUUGAAAAUAUCAAUACCGGACAUUAAUUAUAACAGCCAAAGUUGGUGUUAUGUAAUUUUUUUUUUUUUUUACAAACUCAAAUUUAAGAAAUAAGUUUUCACUUGUGCUGUUAAUAUAAAACCUUAGAAAGACAAAGACUGAGGUGAUUAUCUGUGACUUAUCAUCAUAGUCCAGUUCUGUAUUGUGAAAGGUCCCAAAUAUCGAUGAAAUUCAUUGACUAUGGGAAUAAACAACUUUUCCUGA